AUGUCGACUACUGCUACCUCUCCUCCAACGCCACAGUCAGCUAACACCGUUGGCAGUUCGCAAACUCUUCUAACCGCGGCACGGGAGUAUCUCCUCGACGUCGACCAUGCCGUCUUCAAGCACUUCCACAUCAUCAAGAGGGUCGAGGGAAAAGCUCAGCAUUACGAGUGCAAGUUCUGCAACAACAUCUUCGCUGGUGCUGCCAUCCGAUGCACGCAACACUUCAUGUCGUGGAACGGGAUGAAACGCUGUGAAGAGGCGCUUUGCAAGGAUGCGCCGCAAGAUGUGCGUCAGGCUAUGCGCGCGAAUUACAAGGCGGCGGCUGCCGCGGCCGAAGAAAAGAGGCAGGCUGCAGCUGAUGCGGUUGCUGCGGUGAAGGCCAACGGUGGGAAGCGGGCGUGCAUCACCGAUUACCUGGAGGGGGAUGCGGCUGAGAGAAAGAGAGAAGCAGACGAGUCACUUGCGCUUGCGUAG